GCUGGGGGCGCUGAAAUACGGAAGUAAAUAUAAAUUAGUAGAGAAAGGAAGUAAGUGAGGAGAGCGAAAUAAAUUAGUAAAAGCGGCUCGAUUCGUAUACUUAAGCUAUUUUUGGGGGGCAGUACCUGGAUUUUAAAUAUCUGCACAAUGUCGAAGAACACCGUGUCCGAUCGUUUCAGGAAGGUAGAUGUAGACGAAUACGACGAGAAUAAGUUUGUCGACGAGGAGGACGGUGGAGAAAACCAACUCGGUCCAGACGAAGCAGAAGUCGAUUCGCUGAUCAGACAGGGUAAUUUGAUGGAUGCCCUGCAGGCAGUUCUGAAGAACCCACCAAUAAACACAAAAAACCAGAAUGUUAAGGAACGGGCUGAAGACCUGGUUCUGAAUGUCCUCACCUCCUUCAAGAGCAGUGACAUUGAGAAGGCGGUGCAGACACUGGGCAAGAACGACGUGGACCUCCUCAUGAAAUACAUCUACAAAGGGUUUGAGAAGCCCUCUGAAAACAGCAGCGCUGCCCUCCUGCAGUGGCAUGAGAAGGCCUUAUCUGCUGGUGGAGUGGGCUCCAUAGUGCGGGUACUGACUGCCAGGAAAACGGUCUAAUCUAACCGACAGAGAGAAAGGGAUUUGCUGGUACAAAGUCCCAAACCUGGUUCACCAGGACUGCGAGGGUCUCCCUUCUGAUGGAUCCUCAUCACUUUUUCCCUGCUUGCUUCAAACCCCUCCCCCUUUCCCCCUGAUUGGACAGCCUGCGUGAUCACAUGGCAAAAGGUUCCCCUGCCCUUCCAAGCCUGAAGCAAUCUAUGCAGAGCCCACUACGCUCAGUGGUCUGGCCCUGCCUGCAGAUGUGUCAGCAGGCUUCAAAAGAGGGAGGAAAUGCCAAAAAAACAGCCAGCAGCUACUUUUAGAGGCUCAUUAACUAAUUAUUAGGUGACUCCUUGACUGUGGUGCAAAAGGCUAGUGACUACCAUCACCGUCAGGGAUAGUUAAAGCCAUUUUCCAUGAUUGUGAAUACACUUGGCCCUUGCAUCACGUGAAAGCUGACUGGCCAGUUUGCCAGAAUUCUACACAUGCCAUAAUAAUCCUCUGUCAGUCACUGCUGGACAGUUCUACAGCAGGAAAUGCCAGAAUCCCUCAUGGUAUGGAUAGGCUGGCCAUUCUGAUGAUCCACAGUAUGCUGCUUUCUUGCUUUUCAAUAUGGCUUGUCCCCUACAAUUACAUGCGCCAGACUGGUUUCUGAUUCCCGAAUAUUUUUAUGGACCAAAAUUGCUUUGAUAAAUAAAACUUUUUCCACUAGAAAUUGGUAUGUUAAAAAAUUGAUUGUCCUCAAUAAACAUAACAGUGCAAUAAUAAA